AUGACUUUCAAUAGUAAUCAUAAAUUUUUAAUUUUAUCAAAUGAAAUUUCAGAACCAUUUGUUAUUCCAAAUGUUUCUCCUGUUUCUUCACCUCAAUUAUUAGCUAUUCCAACUUCAAAUCCUCCCACUACUCAAUUUAGAAGAUUAUCAAAUACUGUAACUGAACCAAUCCCAAUCAUUGAUCAUAAACAUGAAUCUGAAUCAGAAGCUACCUUAGUUUCUGAAAGAGAUAUGUUUUCAAAUUAUACAAAUUAUACAUUAUUAUUAUUUCUUCCAUAUUUAUCAUAUCAACAUUGGUUUUUAAAAAAAGGUUUAUGA